GUGAAGCGCGGAGGUUUGGUGGGCGAAUGCAGCAAACAAAAUAUGUGUUUUAGACAGACCUAAACAUAAAUAUUAGUAUGAGUGUUACUUUCGAAGAGCAGACUUGGCGGUUUGGAGUGGUGAGGAACUUUUUACAGUCCUCCUUUUCCACUACAGCAACACAACAGCCAGUAUAAUAACAUGCAAACAUAGUUGAGAGAUGACUGAACCCUAUUUGCAUGGCAGAGCGUGUGUUAGUCCCUUUAAGAGGCAGAAGCAACAUGGCAAGCCCUCAUCACCAGCACUACAUUUGUGAGUGUGACGGGCUGGUGUGUCUCGGUCAGGAUGGAGGAAGAGCCGGAGGCCAGCACAGCGGACAGAGUGAACAGAGCGAGGAAAAAAAGCUCCAGUUUGGAGAGUGGAGGACUGUCUCACUCCACUUUGGCUUAUGACAGGAGUUUCAUCUGCUCUGCUUCUGGCCUGCUUAUGUUUGCAGAAACAGUGUGUGGACUGUUGGUGUGGACUCUUCUGGGUGGGACUGAGUAUGUGCAUGUGCCUGGCCUGGGCUGGGUGAUGUUUGUGUCAGUGGUCUGCUGGGUGCUGACGCUCUGCCUUUUUAUACUGUAUCUUACCACAGCUUACACCAAGAUACCACAGAUCCCCUGGACACUGCUUGGGCUGUGCUUUAAUAGCAGUGCUGCUGUCCUUUAUAUGACAGCUGCAGUGAUAAAUGCUGCUUCUCUAACUCAAGCCAUGAGGGGGCGCUACUACUACAUUAGCUGGAUGGCUUCCACGGUAUUUGCCUUCUUAGUCGUGCUUUGUUAUACAGCAAAUGCGUAUGUGAGCUACAGAUCCUGGAGAUCAAAAAGUGAAGAUGCCUGAAACAUAUUUAGAAACUGGUUUUGUGAGCCUAAAGCACUUUUCUAAGACUUUGAAAUGCAUGUGCUAUGUUGAAAUUGUAGCAGAAGAUUUCUGUUCUGAGUGUUUUUUUUUACUGACAGUAUUUUUAUACAGUAUAUUUUGUAUUAGUACACUAUUCUUGUAAAUACGUUUUAUUUGUGUAUGUUGGAAGUGAUGUGCAGCUGUGUGAUUAAACUAAAACUGAAAGCU